AUUUACAGAACUGGGUCUUGAGAAUAAAAACAAACCCGCUCAUGCUGAGGAAAUUGGGAAGGCCUUGGGGUAGAGAGGGAGAGAGACAGAGAGGGAGAGAGCAGCAUAGCCAGGCAACUCCCUCCAUGUUUUUUUUAAAAGGCAGAUGAUAGACCAAAGUGUGCACGCAGCAGGCUUCCAGCACAACCUCUCAGCAACGCUAAGGCUCGUCCAACCGUGAUUUUAUUUCCAGCAGGAUCGAGACGUCAGCCUGAGGUUCCAUUGUUCACAGCGAGCUGUGCAAUCAACGGUGCAAAUAAGGAGGGGGAUUUAUUUUGGCUGUGGAAAAAAUACUGGACAACAACGAAACGUAGAGGACAAAGAAAGCUAGGACAAGGUAACCAUGUGUGCAGGAGGAUACCAGCAGAGACACAUUUUCCUGUUUAUGUUGGCUUUGCCAAUUAUGCUGGAAGACUGCAGUGUCCAGGCCUGUCGGAGUGGCACAGGGUCCCAGUGUGAGAAGGCUCCUUUUGUACCGGGCCACAAUCUGGCUGGAGAAGGCUUUGACGUGGUGCGGAUGCGUCGGACAGGAGCAUAUGUCAUCAAUGUCAAAGCCCACCUAGCUGACAACCACACCUGCACACUGUGUCCGAACCGAUUCCAAAAAGGAGAGAUUCAGAGACUCCCAGCUUCAGUGCUUGACUGGCGUCCCUUCAGCCGCUGCUCUAAGCAGCUUUCCAGUGCACUUCACCACUCUGUGGACUCCCUGCUGCGCAGCUCCAACUCGCUGGUUAACAACAACUGGGAUUUGGGUUUAAGCCUUGACAACAUUGGAAAGGCAGUUCUGGGAGGAAGCCGCUCAGAUUUGGCAAAGUUUGCACGUUCGCAGCACAGUGUGGACAAAGCCACUUUUGCCAUUCAUGAAAUCAGUUGCACCUAUUACAGCUACAGGCUGGCUGAUCAUCCACCGCUGAGUGCAGAGUUCACAAAGCAUCUCAAGAGACUCCCACAGAGUUUAAACACAAGCCAGAACAGAGCCAUAUACAGACGUCUAAUAGACACUUAUGGAACACACUAUAUACACCAGGUCCAGCUCGGUGGUAAGGUGAGGCGAAUCACUGCCUUCAGGACCUGCCUGGCCACCCUGAAGGGCUUUUCAGAGGCAGAGAUCAAAAACUGCCUGAAUGUUGAACUCCGUAUGGCAUUGGGUUUCCUCCCAGCCAAUGUAUCUUUCUCCAACAGGUGUGACAGCCUAUUUAAAGGCAACAUGAGCAUGGGCUUUUACCAAGGCUUCAUGACCCAUAAGAUUGAGGUUACUGGAGGAGAGAGGUACUUCCCUGACAUCCUCUACCAGCAGGACCCAUCUGAAGCCUACCACAGCUGGAUGAACAGCCUUCAUGAAAACCCCGAUGUGGUUUCUUAUGCCAUCUUCCCUCUGCAUCACUUGGUGGAGGAUUCACAAAUCAGCGCUAAUCUGAUAAGGACUGUCUCAGAGUACAUAAAAGAGAACCAGCUGAAGGAAGACCAACUUGGUUUCAAGAACUGCUCACCGACUCCCAACCUGGACCAUAACUGCUGCCCUUUAAGGGCUGGUAGAGGAACUCUCCAACUGGAGAUUCACAGAGCUGCAGGCCUGAGGGCAGACACCUUCACAAAAACAGAUGCCUAUGUGAAGAUCUUCUACAAUGGCAUAUAUGAAGAGACUGACACGGUGAUGGAUGACAAUGACCCGAUAUGGAAUGCCACCUAUGACUUUGGCUCAGUGGAGCUGGGUCAGGAGUUGAGGUUUGAAGUCUGGGAUAGGGACGUGCUUUACAAUGAUAUUGCAGGGAGGUGUAUUGUGUUUCCAGAGCGAGGAAUUCAUUCCUUAAGCUGUCAGCUGCGCAAAGGAGUUCUCUAUUUUACCUACAGAAUCAACUGUGAUGCUCACUUGACAGGAUAUAGGUGUGGACGAUACUCCCCCAAUGCUGAGUAGAUUAGGUAUGGAUUUACAGUAGUGCAAAAGUCUGUACCUCAUUUCUUUGUUUCUCCAUAUUUUGCUAUGAAAACAGGAAAUAGGUG